CGCUGUGACGUUUACACGCACCCGCGAGCGCCGCGCACGUCUGCAGCGGCCGAUGAUCGUGAACUCGUGAAUCUCUAGCAUAUCUCUAGUGAUAAUACUACGUGCUCGUUAUUACCUACCCUUUGUGAUACGUCAUACAAAUGAUGGUGCGACGCAGUGGACGUUACACGGUCAACUGGCGGGGGUUUAGAGACUACGCCGGCAAUAAGCCUCCCGAUGACGAAAAGCAAAACCAAGAACCUGAAGAAGAUCUGUCCAAUCAUGAGGUUAUUUUUCUGAAAAGCAUAGUAGAAAGCCCGGACUUCGGUAGAAAAUAUGCGUCCAUCGAUUCUGAAGAAGAUUUAAUCGUGAAACCUGUGUCUUUGGAUAAUGUAAACAUAAUAAGACUGCUAAGCGAAUACCGUGGCACCAACAUACGGACUAUUGAACAAGCAGAACUUGCGAUAUUAUUAUCCAGGGUGCAUUUUAAGGCUCUCAUAGAUGCACAUGAUCAAAUUGGCAAGAUUUGGUUGGAGCGUGGUUCAGGAAUAGAUGAAAAGACAGCAUUAAAGGAACAACAGAAGGAUAUUGCGGAGGCUUCAGAUCUCAGUCCAGACCAAAACGGAGACAUGCCUGUGGAGACAGUCAAAGUUGUAGGGCUCAGGAAAGUGCCUGGGCAGCCUUUAGGUUUAACUGUAACAACAGAUGAACAUGGUCAAUUAAUUGUAGCAAGGAUUCUCGCGGGCAGUGCGGCCGCUAAGCAAGCCUUGCUCAGUGUAGGCGAUGUCCUGCUAGAGGUAGAUGGCAUACAGAUAGACACGGAGGAGCAGUUGAAGGAGGCAGUCUCUAAGCCCAAUGAUAGAGUCACGCUCAAAGUUGGACCUAAUCUUAAAGAAAAAAAUGCUCAAUUAACUAAUAAACUUAGCUGCUAUAUGAGAGCUCUGUUUGACUACAGUCCUGCUGAAGAUACAUUAAUUCCAUGUAAAGAAAUUGGUCUAGAAUUUAAGAAAGGUGAUAUUUUACAAGUAUCAGAUAGGAAAGAUCCUAACUGGUGGCAGGCGAGUCAUGUAGAGAAGCCUGAUGUUGUGGGCUUGAUCCCAUCCCCAGAGUUGGAGGAAAGACGUAAAGCCUAUGUGCCUCCCGAGGCUGACUUUGUGCACAAAAUUAGUAUAUGUGGUGCAAGAAUAUCAAGAAAGAAAAAGAAAUUCGUCUACGAGUCUCGCUCAAGUGUACAGUUGGAAGGUGCUGAGCUAGCGCUAUACGAGGAGGUGGCGCGCACGCCGCCCUUCCUGCGCCGCGUGCUAGCCCUGGUGGGCACGCGCGGAGUGGGGCGACGGACGAUCAAGAACCGUAUGAUUCAGGACCAUCCCGAUCGAUUUGGAGCCGUCGUACCGCAUACAUCACGUCCCCCUAGACCGUUAGAAGAGAAUGGUGCGUCAUACUGGUUCGUAUCGCGCGAGGAGAUGGAUCGCGACGCGCACGCGGGGCGAUUCCUCGAGUAUGGGGAACACAAUGGCCAUCUGUACGGAACACAUUUGGACUCUAUACGAGCUGUGAUCAAGGAAGGUAAGAUGUGCAUUCUGGACUGCGCGCCGCAGUCGCUCAAGCUGCUGCACAACAGCAGCGAGUUCCUGCCCUACGUCGUGAUGAUCGAGGCGCCCGGCAUCGAGCAGCUGCGCAACCUCACCUACGCCUCCAACCGGAACCUGACGUUCGACCGGCAGAGCUCCAUACGUUACAGUUCGCGGCGCGCGCGUACGCUGGAAUCGCUCGCAUCGCUCUACGAGGAAGAGGACAUGAAGCAAACUCUAGAGGAAAGCGCGCGCGUCAAGCGGCAAUACGAAAAGUACAUCGACCUCGUGCUCACCAACAGCAACUCGGACACCACGUACGCGCGCCUCAUGGACGCGCUGCACUCGCUCUCGACUGAUCACCAGUGGGUGCCCGUCACUUGGAUCUAUUAGCCCUAAUUUGAUUAUCAUACUUUAAUUAUAUAGCCCAAAACUUCUCAUGUUGUCUACUCCCUGUCCCUGCAAAUUAGUGCUGCCUGACCUAGUUUGAUUAUAUCCUAUCCUUAAUAAUUAUGUAACGCAAUAAUUAUCAUGUUUUUUACCCCUGUGACUCUAUUAAUGUGACUGUACUAUUUAUCAUAUUUAAAUUACGCUAAAAGACAAGGUUUACGUCUCAUUCUUACUCCAUUCAUAACUUUGUCAUGUUACCAACAUUAAUAUUGUGAGUAGCACAAGUUAGCGGGCCUUGUAUGAUAUUCUCUCUACACACUUUUACAUUACACUUAAAAUUGCUUUUUGCUAUUUACGUAGAAUUCAUAGAUUUUUUUUACAGAAAGCCUUAGAUAGAUCGCUAAAAUUUGAAAUUACAAGUCUUUCACUUGUGGUGUUUUCCAAAAUGUAGGAUCGACUAGGGAUUAACAAAUUAUGUUUAAUACUGUCAAUUUUUAUUGUGAUUAAAAUAAAAUUUUGGAUUUUGAAAGGUUGGCCUGGCUAAGUUUUUCAAAUAUUUAGUAUAUUAUAUUUGAAGACCAAAUUCGUCAUCACAUGGUUGUAUUAUUAUUGUAUUAAAAAGUAAUCUCAUUAAAUAUUAAGGCAAAACUUAGAUUUAAAAAUGGAUCGAAUGUUUUGUAAAGCUAGCCGAACUUUGGAUGCGUUUUCGUACGAAUUUGAUUCGUACGGACACACGAGCAAUCCCGACCAUCCAAGUAGGUACUACGGAAGCGUGCAGACUGAGUGCGAAUUAAUCGUAUAACUAUUUAUACCCGUAGUACUUGAAAGGCCGGAAUCUUUCGUACGACUCAAAUUCGUACGAAAACGCAACCAAACUGAGGCUGCCUAAACAUUAUAAUAUGCAUAUUAGGGACAGAUUUGAAAGUUAAACCAUCUGACAUCAUUCCAGUGAUUUAUUUUCUUAUUUCUCUUCUUAAUCAGUGUUACCAACGCAAUAUAGUUACAUCGAAAUACUCUAUUGUUACAAUUUUAGAUCUAUUUUUUAUUUAUUUUCAUCCUGUUGUCUUAUAGGUGAGUCUAGAUUAACUAACAAGUUAUAAAUAACUGUUUAACACAUCCAUGUGUUAUAUAACUGAGUCCACACUACAAAAAUAUGUUAUAUAACUAUGAAACUAUAAAACCAUAUUAUAUUAUUAAUCUUGACACACCAGAAUAACUCGAAUCUAUCACAAUAUAUUUUAUUUUUCAAGUGUUCAAAAUUAUUGUAUCCCACCAACAAUUUAUUUUGAUUAAAUUAGUAUAGUGUUUUGUAUGAUAUAAAAGCCAUUAAUAAAUAAAUGAUUUUUUUUAAGAUUAUAAUAAAUUGUGUGCAUUUAAGUAUAAAAUAUAUCGACACAAGUAGUAUAAUAUUUUUGCUAUAGUAUCGGCCUCAAAUAUAUCUUUAAUUUAAGCUGUUGUAAGUGCAGUGUAUAUUCUAACGAUUUUAGCUUAAAAAAAUGUUGCCACUUAGAACUAAGAUUUGCAUUACAAAGACACAUCACUAAAUAUUUUAUUCUAUCAUGUUUUCAUUAUAAAAAUAAAUAAAAGUAGAAUAUUUUUACGUACAUCUAAGCAGCUCUUAAUAAUAUAAGUCGUCGCUAGAUAUUAAGUACCUUUUACCAGAGAUAUUCAUAUAAAUCGCAGCUUAACUUAAUGUUAGCUUGAAUUUCACUAAGAAAUUUACAUUCCGUCCAUUUUAUUUUGUUAUUUAGCUGUAAAUUUUAUUGUAUCAAGGAUAUUCAAUAUACAUUAUGUAACUUUA